UUGCAGGACCUACGUUUUCCGUGUUUUUUUUCGAAAUAUUAGUUUUUGCUGUUACAAAGAGCAGAUUUCACGAAGGAUGAUGUUUUAUGUGAUGAAGUUCUAUUGAGGGUCGGUCUAACAGGGUCUGAUGAGGGUCGACCACGUUCAAACUGCGUUAACGUCCCUCGUAGUUUUUCUACUCUUUAUCCGGUUACAUGGAAAAGCUAUGAAUGGAAGUGAAUUCGUUAUUAUCGAAGGUGACAUGAUGGUUGAUAAGCGCUUUAUCGAGCAUUAUAUGAGACGAAUAAAAAAGCGUGGUGCCAUCCUAAACCGAAGAGUUGGUGCGAGUUAUUACUGGCCCGAAACAAUAGUAGACGGAAACAAAAUUGUGCGAAUACCCUAUACACUGAACAUUGGAUUCUACAGUAGAUUGUUCGGAAAUGAUAUGGUAAAUGGUUUUCUAGCAGCCGUCCAAGAAUUUGCUAAGCGGACCUGCCUUCGUUUCGAAGAGAAAGAGGACGAAGACGAAGAUUACUUAGAAAUUUUCAGUGGUCCGGGAUGCUUCUCUAUGAUUGGACGGCGCGGUGGCAAACAAGAAGUUUCACUUGGUAAAGGAUGUGAGACGAAAGGGAAAGCGACCCACGAACUGAUGCACGCCCUUGGGUUUUUGCACGAGCAGAGUCGAAAAGACAGAGAUCGACACGUUACUAUCUUAACUCAAAAUAUUCUGGAUGUUGGAGUGUCAGAAUUCAAGACGUAUAACCAGGACAACGGCAACUUACCGUACGAUUUUCACUCUAUUAUGCAUUAUAACAACAAGAUUUUUAGCAAAAAUGGUGAAGAUACAAUCCAAGCUCUCAUCGACCCCAAGAUGACCUUGGGGCAAGAAUACGGACUUUCAGCAUUGGACGUUGUAAGAGUAAACAUGUUAUACAAAUGUCCUCAGCUUCGGACGGAUCUGGUGCUCUACUUUGUCACUGUUUACACGUCUAAUGAUUACUGGGCCGGCACCGACUCAAGGGUUGAUAUUGUACUUGACGGAGCGAAAGGGGACUCGGGAGAGAUAGAAUUGGAAUCUCCUGAAGAUGUUCCAGACCCAUUUGAACGGGGAAGUAAGGAUACAUUUCCCGUAAUUUCUCCUGCUGUUGGAGAAUUAAAAAGGCUUCGUAUCAGGUUGGUCGGAAGUAGCUGGAGCUGGUUCAAUGGUUGGAAACUUGAAAAAGUGAAAAUAGAAACACCAGAUAACAAGAAAAUUCAUUUCAAAUAUAAUGAGUGGAUUUAUUCCGGCGAUCAUGUAACUUUGUCGCCCUCUACUAGGAGGAAAAGAAAGCGAAAACAGAAGAUAGCUUAAGCUUGUCGUUUACUCGGGGUAGUGCGAUAUAAGAGAGGAACUUUUGACCAGAUCCCGGACAAAGGCGACGCAUCCAAUCCAAUUAUCUCGUUAAUUUGUCCGUCAAAAAACCGGUCAAUGUUCGGUCCACAAUCGACCAAUUGUGGUCGACGUAUCCAAUCCGACAAUCUCGUUAACUUAUCCGUCAAAUAGUCGGUCAAUGUUCGUUCUACAGUCGACCAAUUGUGGGCUGACUGAUGACCGACUAUGAAUCGAUUAUUUAUCGUCUUUCGACCGAUUAAAGGCUUUGGUCACCUCUUUUGACAACAAAAGCCUUGAAUAAAUGAGGAACUGCAACCUCGUUCCUGGGGUCCUCUCUCUUUCCCUCUCGAGUGAGGAAGGGAGAACACCUGAGAACGAGGUUUGAGAAAAUAAAGAGCAAUAUUGUUUUUAUUUAUUAACGGGAGGCACCUGUUACCCGUUGUAUGAAGGAUGGGAAAUCUCACUGAAGGAAAAACUUCUUUAGCCUCGGUUGAAGACAACUCACUGCAUAGAGUAAAAACUAUCAAUGGUGAUCACAUGUAAAACAGAUUAUAUAUACAACAGUUUUUUGUAAUUAAGGCUUUGAAAAGUUUUAUUCUGUUAUUUUGCCUGCGGGUUAUAGCUUAGCUAUUCAGUACUACUCUCUUAGAAUUAUUAGGAACAUGGACUGUAACAAAAUUUCAGUAUAGUUUCGAGCAAUUACGACUUCGUUUUUAUUUUUUUUUGUACGUAGAGUUCAUAAGAUGAGAUGGCUUUUAUUUGUUUUGUAGAAUACAUUUAGCUUCACUUUUCAGUGUAUAGUUUCAAUUUGUGUACUCUCAAAAAAAAGCUGUCAAUAAACAGUUCAAAUUUC